UGCUGAUUGUCCUCCACCAUUUCUACAACUGUUCUGUUUCCCACACACAGCAGUCAAAAUGCCAGUGUUCUGUCCAUUUUGUGGAACUGGAUUGACUGGCACUGUUGGAUGUCUUUGUACCUCCUGUCAAAAGGACAUUGGAUUUAUGGCACCUGCUCUACUUAAUGGCGCAGGAACAGUAUCAGGUGAAAUGACAGAGGCAGCCCUCUUCCGUCAAUAUUACCUACAGGGAAAAACUGAGGUUGUUCAGAACCUAAAACCUGGUGACCUGAUAGAAAUCUUCCGUGAUAACUUUCAGCACUGGGCUGUGUACGUUGGUAAUGGAUACGUUGUUGAGUUGGUUGUCAUGGAAAUCACCAGUUCUGGGGUUUCAUCAGCCGUAUCAGGAGGAGUGGCAGGUGCAGUGAGAAAGAUAAAACUCCAAGAUGUGGUCAACAGAGACAAGUGGCAAAAAAAUAACGCAAAACAUCCACGCAACGACAAUACUUUGAAACCCAGGCCAGAGCAAGAAAUUGUGAAUGAAGCCCUUUCAUAUGUGGGGAAGGAUAUCAACUACACUGUUGCUACUUGGAACUGUGAGCACUUUGCCACCUGGUGCCGUUAUGGCACGGGUCUUUCUCUACAGGUGAAGAAGACUGUAAUGACUGCUUCCGGACUUGGAGUUCUUGGUCUUCUAGGUUCCUUUGUUUCAGGAGCCAUGAUCUCAAAUGUCCCAGGGUCCUACUCCUCCUGAACACAUUCCUCUGUCAGUACUCAGUAGAUACUGAUAUUUUUUAGUCAAGCUGCAUGUUGUUAUAAUCAAGUUCCAUGUUGCUUUCUCCUGCUACAUUCCCAUUUCCCCCUGUCCCUUAGUUGCCACUCUCCACCAGUCCUCCAGAUGCCCUCUGACUUUUCUGUCUGUAUGAAAAGAAUUGACUGAGUGGGACUUCAGAUAAUCACUUGUGUACCUAAAGUUAUAUUCAUGUAUAUCCUGAUGUAAGUUGAUUAAUUUUGAAUAGGAUGUGUGUUGUAUGAUUUUUGUGUCUCCACUCAUCUCCCAACCUGCACUGGAUUUCCUUGUUAAUUCAAUUAGUAUUUUAGUCUUGUGUUUCUUUCCUGUCUCAUUGGAUCAGUUAUUCUGUAGGCCUGCCUGCACUUCUGUAUUCUGUUCCUGAGUCUCAAAUAAAGUUAUAUUCUCAA